AAAGGUUGAAGGGUGGAAUGAACAUUGGUUUCGAUGAGCGUGUUCGGAGGAGACAGUUGGGGAAGAGAAGCACAGUACCGGAAGAGGAGAGUCGACGAUCUCCUGUUGGACACCGCCGAUCAUUCUUCCUACAGGAAGCUUCCUACCGGAAAAUAUGCCUGCCUCGUCUGCCCUCAUAAUCCAGUCCUCGAUACUCCUCUCAUGCUAUCUAUGCACAUGAAAGCAAGUCGCCACUGUGCUGCAGAAAGGAAGCUCAAACAAAGAGAAGAAGAAAGACAAAAUGACAUGAAUAAGAGAAUAGCCUUGUCACUAGAAUCAACUUCCAUGACCAGAACUGGUAACACAUCCACCAAGCAGACAAACUUAGCUGCAAAACCGUUGAUUGAGAGAACACGUAAGGCCACUUUGGAGGUACUUAAUGGUUAUCCUGAGAGAGGUGCUGCAAAUAACAGUCAAUCUAGAUGGCCAAUCCCCGAGAGAUCAUCUGAUUUGACCAAUUCAACCUCUGUUCAAAUGGAGGGAUCUGGUAAGGACGUUGUGCAGCUCCUAUCAGAUCAUCGAGAGCGCAGGGAGAGAGAACUUAGGUUCACAUCAGCUGGUUGGAAGCGCGACUGCCAUGGAGGGUGGUUUAGAGAUGAAAAUUUUCAUGCAGGUUGAAUUUGAUUCUGAUGAAGAAGAUCCAAAUGUUUCUCUUGCAAUUGGAGAAUGAGUGAUGAUUAUUCAUCGAUGGUGUAAUCAACUAGAUCUUGUAAGCAAUGCACAGAAGAAUCUAUGGCGUCUGAACUAUUGUGGCGCUCUGGUAAGAUCUGAAGGAUAAAUUGUUUCUUUGUGAUAAACUACUAUAAGAUAAACAACUGAUCAAUCGUAUAAAAAACAAUUCAUGUGUACAAAUUUUAUUAACAAAAUCACUAAUUUAUACGCGCUCUGUGGC